AUGCUUAGUCGAAUAGGGGUGAGGCUGUCUAAGAAUGCGGUUGUAUGCCGGGUUAGGUUGUCAUCAUGUUGCGGUGGUAUACGGAACGCAAGUACAGUAAACCUAUUAGACACCAAGUUGGUCAGUGACUCAUUAGGUAAUGAUAUACCUCUGGGGGAUAGACAUUGGCAGGCUUAUAGAAGGCAAAUGAGUGAUCCCGUGAAGGUUAAUGAAUUAAGACUAUUAGAAGAGAGAUGGAUGAGUGAUCUUAUGAUGAAAGAAGACAACGAUGCUCCUGGUGGUAAGGAACGCAAGGUUCCUCCUGGGACCAAGAAAAGGGAUAAGGGACGUGUUAAUGAAGAUGUUACGAAUGAUAGCGAAGGCGAGAAGGAAAACGACAGUAAGCCUAUUGACUUAGAAUGGAGGGGUCCUGCUGGAAGAGGGUCAUCGUCUGAUUCCACACCCCAACCAAAGGAUGGCGGGGGCCCCAAUGGAGAUGAUCCAUUAUCUAAUAAACCUAAGAAUCCGUUAAGCGAUCCACCCCAAGUUUAUCCUCUAAUGUUGGCAUUACCGCUUUCCAGCAGACCAUUAUUUCCAGGUUUUUAUAAAGCUGUAACGAUAACAGAUGAAAGAGUGAUGAAGGCAAUUAGAGAGAUGCAAUCGCGUCAGCAGCUUUACAUUGGAGCGUUUCUUCUGAAGGAUUCAGAGAAAGAUACGGACGUUAUUCAGAAUAUGGAUGAAAUAUAUAAAGUUGGUGUUUUUGCUCAGAUCACUAGUGUGUAUGCGAAAAGAAAUGACGUUACAGGUAAGUUCGUUAUGACUGCUCUCUUGUACCCCCAUCAGAGAAUUAAAUUGGAAGAGUUGAUUCCUGCUCCCGAAACAAGUAAAGAUGUCAAGAACUCAGGCGAUGAGUCAAGUUUAGAGUUGAUGAAGCCUGCUGUACAGAAGAUUGAAGAUGCGGAGGACGGUUUUGAGGAUGAUUCAAGUCCCACAGAAUUCCUCAAGAAUCAUGCAGUUUCUUUGGCUCAAGUUUCUUCUUUGAAAGAUAAAGAAUUUGAUAAAAAGUCCCUAAUGAUAAAUGCUCUGUCAAAUGAAAUACUAAUGGUGUUCAAAGAUAUUUCUUCUUUGAAUUCGAUGUUUAAGGAACAAAUUGUUACAUUUUCUACUGCGAUCCAUACCGCUAGUACUAAUAUCUUUGAAGAACCCGCGAUGUUAGCGGAUUUUGCCGCAGCAGUAUCUGCUGGAAAUGACCGAGAGUUGCAAGAGAUAUUGGAAUCUGUAGAUAUUGAACAACGCUUGGAGAAAGCUUUGAUUGUAUUAAAGAAGGAGCUUUACACGGCAGAGUUACAGACAAAAUUAUCCAAGGAUGUUGAUGCAAAGAUUCAAAAGAGACAAAGAGAGUAUUUUUUAAUGGAGCAACUGAAGGGUAUCAAAAAGGAAUUAGGUAUCGACGAUGGACGUGAGAAAUUAAUUUCCAUCUUCAAAGAACGAGUUGAAAAAUUAACCUUACCAGAAACGGUCAAAAGAGUCUUUGACGAAGAGAUAAACAAGUUGGCAACUUUAGAAACGUCUAUGUCAGAAUUUGGGGUAAUUAGAAAUUACUUGGACUGGAUUACAAGUUUGCCGUGGGGGGUCACUUCCGAAGAAGAAUACUCUAUUAACAGGGCUAGAAAAAUAUUAGAUGAGGAUCAUUACGGUUUGAAGGACGUUAAAGAUCGUAUACUAGAAUUUAUUGCAGUGGGGAAAUUGCUUGGUAAAGUGGAUGGUAAAAUAGUUUGUUUUGUAGGACCUCCUGGUGUAGGGAAAACAUCUAUAGGUAAAUCCAUUGCAAGGUCCUUGAAUCGUAAAUUCUUUAGGUUUUCUGUUGGAGGUAUGGCUGAUGUUGCUGAGAUAAAGGGUCACAGAAGGACUUAUAUUGGUGCAUUGCCUGGCAGAAUUAUACAAGCUUUGAAAAAAUGUCAGACACAGAAUCCAUUGAUAUUAAUUGAUGAAAUUGAUAAAAUCAGCCAUGGUGGCAUGCAUGGUGAUCCGGCUGCUGCUUUGUUAGAGCUUUUAGAUCCAGAACAGAACAGUGCAUUUUUGGAUAACUAUUUGGAUGUACCUAUAGAUUUGUCCAAAGUGCUAUUUGUUUGUACGGCUAAUACCCUGGACACUAUUCCACGCCCAUUACUCGACCGUAUGGAGGUGAUAGACUUAACUGGUUACGUUGCUGAAGAAAAGGUAAAGAUUGCUGAAAACUAUCUGGCACCCACAGCCAAGCAAGCUGCCGGAUUGAAGGACACUAAUGUUGAGAUCACAGAAGAUGCGGUCACAUUAUUGAUGAAAAAAUACUGCAGAGAGAGUGGAGUUAGAAGUUUGAAGAAGCAUAUUGAAAAGAUAUAUCGUAAAGCAGCUUUGGAUGUAGUAAAGAAAUUUAGUAUUGAUGAUACCCCAUCAAAGAAGUCAGAAGACAAUACUACAAGUGAAUCUGAAUCUACUAGAGAGAAUAAAGCCGCAGCAAGUGAGACCACAACUAGUAAAAAUGAUCCCGAUACUGAAGAGGCUAAGAGUGAGGAAGAAGUUCGUGAAAGUUUCAAGGUUCCCGAAUCUUUCUCACUCAGGAUUACUUCAGAAAAUCUAAGAGACUACGUUGGAACGCCCAUAUUCAAUAGUGACAGAAUUUACCAAACAACACCACCAGGUGUUGUAAUGGGCUUAGCAUGGACUAACAUGGGUGGUUGUUCUAUGUAUGUUGAAUCUGUUUUGGAACAGCCAUUAGGCCCUGAAUCUUCUCCUGCACUAGAACGUACAGGCCAAUUAGGUGAUGUGAUGAAAGAAUCCUCACGCCUUGCCUACUCUUUUGCAAAGAUGUAUAUCUCGAAGAAGUUUCCAGAUAAUAAAUUUUUUGAAAAAGCUUCCAUCCACCUGCAUUGCCCGGAAGGUGCUACUCCAAAAGAUGGUCCAUCUGCAGGUGUGACAAUGGCCUCCUCCUUACUAUCCCUCGCCUUGAACAGGUCUUUAGAUCCCAAAGUAGCCAUGACUGGUGAGCUAACUUUGACAGGAAAAGUGUUGCGUAUUGGGGGUUUAAGAGAAAAAGCUGUUGCUGCAAAGAGAUCCGGUGCUUCUACCAUUAUUUUCCCGAAGGAUAACCUUGCAGACUGGGAGGAUCUACCAAAAAAUGUUAAAGAAGGCCUAGAACCUUUGCCUGCAGAUUGGUACGAUGAUAUCUUUGAAAGGUUAUUUAGUACAGUUACCCAGGAAGAAGGGAACACUGUAUGGAAGAAUCAGUUUGACGAAAUAAAUGCCAAGAAUGCAUCCAAGCAAAACAAAUGA